AUGAGUGUCAAGGAGUACACUCUGGAGUUGGAAGGAAAUAUGAGAGCCCGAAUGGGGAAAUUUAUAUUCGGUCUUUCUAAUGACUUGGUGAUAGAAUACAAGGGGGCCAUGCUGAAUAGAGAUAUAGACUUCUCCAAACAGUCAGUCCACAUGCAGCAGGUAGAGGAUCAGAAGAAGAAAGUAGCUGAGAUAAGGGGAAAAGAUAGGCAAUCCAAGACGGCCAAACCAGUAGACCAGAAUUAUAGUCAGCAACAGGGUGGUAAUUGGGGAACGGGUGGCAGAAGAAAAAAAAUUAGGCCAGGCCAUAUCCAAAGGGAUUAUCCGACAGCGAGAGUUAAUGUUGGGGGACCUAAGUCGCAGGCUAAUUCCUCCGCUCCUCCACCGCCGCCCAAGGGUUCCCCUUCAACUACCGAAAGCGAUCGCAACCGGUUGUAUGCUUUAACAAACCGCAAAAAGGAAGAAUCCUCACCAAAAGUUAAAUAUUUAAGUACCGAUAGUCUUUCUGUGGUAAAUGAAUUUACAAAUGUCUUACCUGAUGAUCUCCCAGGAAUACCACCUGAUAGGGAGAUCUUUUCUUUCAUAGCUGGAGCAAAUUGA